AUGUCCGUGAGAGCCUUUGUUAGUAAGUGUGAUAUUCCUCUUGGAGUGGAAAAUCAUGGCGUCCCUAGCCAACUCAUCACUGCCUCCUCGUAUUACAACUUCUGGGGUGCACCAAGAAAUGCUAGACUACGCCAGCGGCGUGUUGGACGAUCAGGAGGGUCAUGGUAUGUCAAACGAAAUGACAAACGCCAGUGGCUGAAGAUCGACUUUGGUGGACUCACUCGUGUGUGGCGAAUUGCCACUCAAGGUCGACAGAAUGCAGACCAGUGGGUCACAAGUUACUAUGUGUCCUACAGUGUUAAGGGAUUCCGUUUUGUGACCUACAAAGAGUACGGAAGGACAAAGGUAAGUGUGAUAUUCCUCUUGGAGUGGAAAAUCAUGGCGUCCCUAGCCAACUCAUCACUGCCUCCUCGUAUUACAACUUCUGGGGUGCACCAAGAAAUGCUAGACUACGCCAGCGGCGUGUUGGACGAUCAGGAGGGUCAUGGCCCAAGAUGUGAUAAACCAUUAGGAAUGAAAAACGGCCGUAUACAUGCCAAUCAAAUCACAGCAUCUUCCAUGUGGGAUCGUAAUCAUGGACCAAGCAAUGCCAGACUGUAUUGGCGUAGAACCCGCGCCAGAACCGGGGCGUGGUCCGCUCGUCAUAACAAUCACUACCAGUGGUUGUUAGUGGAUUUCAAACGUCCUAUGCGGGUGGUGAAGAUAGCCAUUCAAGGACGACAGGAUGCGCGUCAGUGGGUGACAAAGUUUUUUGUGGCAUACAGUCAGGAUUGUGCACAUUUUGCUGAGUAUAAAGAGAACAGCAAUAGAAAGCUGGUCUACAAAAGAUAA